UCAUAAAAAACAGCCCGGUGCUCGUCGGCAAGGAGGACAAGCACCAAUUUCGCGAACAAGUCAAAUGCAUCGAGCAUCAGUACGAAAAUGCCAUCAUGCCGUUGGAUAGCUACAAUGAAACUUUUAGCCAACCCGGGGAACUGACCCAUGAUGAGGCCAUCGCCGACAAUGCCGGGCUGCGCGCUGCGUUCAGGGCCUACCGCAACGAGCGCAAGCUCCUCUACAAGGGACUUCAGCCAAAACUCUCUGGACUCGACGCCUACACCCCCGAUCAGCUCUUCUUCGUGGCGGCGGCCAUGAUCAAUUGCGGUGAGCAGAGCGAUGACGAUCUGCUGGAGAACAAAGACGACGAACACCCCCCGGGCUACAUUCGUGUUAAUGAGGAGGUGAAGAACUCGAGGGAAUUCGCCCGUGUCUACAAGUGCCCUCUGAACUCGCCGAUGAACCCGGAGCAGAAGUGUCGCGUGUGGCGCUACAAGAAGAGGAAGCAC